AUGCCCGUUUACAAGUACGAUGUUACCAUGACCUGCUCUGGCUGCAGCGGCGCUGUCACCCGCGUCUUGACCAAGCUCAGUGGCGUCAAUUCCUUCGAUGUCUCCCUUGAGACCCAGAAGGUCACCGUCGAUUCUGACACACUUUCUGAGCAAGAGAUCCUUGAGAAGAUCCAGAAGACUGGCAAGGCUGCCAAGAUUGCUGCCUAA